AUUUCACAACAUUCCCAAUGCGGUCACACUGAUUAGCACGCUGCCGGAAAAUGUUGAAAAAUAUUUUGGAUAAGUCCAGGCAGGUGCUCUUUCCAGUGGCAAGGACCCUUACAAGAAGCAGCGUACAUGGAAAUGUGGUCACCGGGUCCCAGGCGGCAGUGACCGCGCCGGCAGGAGCAAAGACACCGCUGAUUCUGCCGCAAAACUACGGGGAAUACGCACCCGCUAGCCGGAAUACUGCGCGCCAGGCGUGGAUCGAGAACACGGAUGCCGUUCAAGAAAGGAAAGUGGGUCUCAUCGAACUGCAUCCUGAUGUGUUUGCCGCCCAACCUAGGGUGGACAUCAUUCAGGAGAAUGUGGAGUGGCAACGAAAGUAUCGUUAUGUAAGCUUUGCCCAAACGAAAACCCGGGCGGAGGUGCGGGGUGGCGGAAGAAAGCCGUGGCCCCAAAAGGGCAUGGGCAGGGCCCGUCAUGGAUCCAUCAGAUCGCCACUCUUUAAGGGAGGCGGUAUAGUUCAUGGCCCGAGAUCUCCAACCACCCACUUCUACAUGUUGCCCUUCUACAAAAGGGUUCUGGGCUUAACCUCGACUUUGAGCGUUAAGCUGGCCCAGGAUGAUCUACACAUCAUUGAGAAUGUAGACAUACCCACCAAGGAUGGUCAGUUCAUCAAGGAUUUGAUAGCCGAGCGAAACUGGGGACCCUCUGUCCUGAUUGUGGAUGAGGAUCACAUGUUCCCCGCAAACAUUUGCCAGGCUACCGAUGAGCUGGGCUAUGUCAACUUGAUGCCAUCCUUUAGCCUAAAUGUGUAUUCCAUGCUGAAGCACGAUACCUUGGUUCUAACAGUGGCUGCGGUGAAGCAUCUGGAGCAGCGUCUAUUAUACCAACUGAAUCGUAGUGACGCCGCCAGCAAGGGUGGCAAAUUCAAGCUGGAUCAAGUUUAGAUGUUAAGAAAGUUAAAGCCUUUUAGUUUACUUGUUUGUAAUCUUAUGCAAAUACCAGAAAAUGCAUUGUUUACCUAAAAA